GGUGGAUACUGUCGAAUACGAGCAACGGCGCAACGCCCUGGUGUUCCCUAAUUGGUUUGCUCGUCCGCUCGUAGGGUUUGAGGCUGGAUAUGCUCUCAUGUGGGAGGCGAUCUGAAUGGAGACGCCAAUCUCGGUUCAUUCAAUCAACCUUCUUUGCAAGCUUGAAGAUUAAUCUGGCCUUGUGGGUGCUCUCAGGGGGCAUUAUCACGCUCGAAAUAUGAAGGCCAACCUGUUCUUCUCAUCCAGCUGUGCUUCGCGCAUCUUGGCCCGUGUUGUCAUUUGAGACAUGGGAGUACCAGAGGCACAGCGCAGCUGGGAGCUGGAAGACCGAGCCAAGCAACCCUCCUUUAACCCACCACAAGAAGACAUAACCGCCUUUGGCUCAAGAUCACAACAUCAAAGCGAGCCUCGAUGGCCCUUCCAAGAAGUAGUAGAAGACAAACAGCCUCACUUCACACCACCACCUCCGCCACCGCCUCCCCCUCCAACACACCCACCGGUUCACCACCAUCCCGCCCCGAGUCCGAGGAGGUCUGGCCACACUCGUCACGUACUCAGGUACUGGGGCCUCGAGAUCUUCACUCUCUUCGUCGCAGUCUGCCUACUCGCCGCAAUUAUCUGGCUUCUCGCACAUUACGAUGGCCACUACAUGCCGAAAUGGCCCUUCGAAAUCAACCUCAACUCCGCCAUCGCCCUCCUCUCGACCUUUCUCCGCGCCGCCAUCGUCGCAGCUGUGGCAGAAAUCAUCGGCCAGAUCAAAUGGACCUGGUUCGCUGAACAGACCCGGCCUCUCCAGCACCUCCAGGACUUUGACGCCGCGAGUCGCUCCAUCCUCGGCUCCACGAAACUGCUGGCAAUGCUCAUGUGGAACCUGGGCUUCUCCUCCACGGGCUUCCUCGCCAUCGGUGCCGCCACUGUCACGAUUGCUAGUUUGGCGGUCGGCCCCGUCACACAGCAGGCCGUCCGCACAGUGACUUGCCCGAUGCUGGAGGAUAACAUUAUGGCUAGGAUACCCGCCGCGAACUAUGUACCGGGAUCUUCUGCGUACUACCGCGUCGGCGCCGGGUCCUACGAGAUCGAGGUGGACAUGAAGAGUGCCAUGAUCCAGGGGAUCACGGAUCCAGGCAGCCAGGAUAGUAAUGUCCAGGUCCUCUGCCCCAGCGGAAACUGUACGUGGGCGGACUACGGCACAGGUGUCACACACGCGAGUAUCGGGGUGUGUAGCAAAUGUAUCGACACGACGAGCUUCGUCAGCGAGCCCAACACGGUGGGAAACCUCUCGCUGCCAGACGACGGCGCCAUCAUCAAUAUUCUGGCCGGCAAGUACAUGUGGAUGGGCUAUAGCAACCUGACAGCGUACACAAAGCUCUUCAGCGACGACUUCGCCGCGGCUGCCGCGAUGUCAAUGGCCAACUUUAGCAUGCUCAUGAUUUCGACGUCUCCUUGCACAUCGGACAACUCUACGGGCAUCUCGAAGCUUACGUGCCCGCAUCGUCUCUCGCAAUCCGACGAUAGUUAUUUUAGUGAUCUUGGGGAUUACGUCGCCGCCUCGUGUAUCCUGUACCCGUGCAUGAAGGAGUAUCACGCGCGGUACGUGAACAACACGUUGACGGAGACCCUGGUUCGCACGACGAUAGCUGUAUCCAAUCCCGCUGAGAACGCGGCAUCGGGAUACUCGGUGUAUGGCAAUUACACAGCGAGACAGAGCCCAUGUGUGAUUGACAACGGCACCUGGUACGAUUACACCAACCAAAGCCAGGCCUUGGACAUCCCCGGGCGCAUUUGGACGAAUUUCAGCACGAGCGGCAGCGACGAGGUCAGCCGCGUGCCUAACGAAUGCCUGUACAAGAUGGAUGGGACAUUCUCCUCCGCGAUAUCGACCUUCCUCAAGGUGAGCUUGCUAAGCGCCUCGUGCCGGUACGACUCCAUGCAGAGCGGGCACCUCAACUGCUACGACUCAUGGUGGCUGACACCGCUAUGGGCCGACAUGAACGCCACCGUAACUAGCCUCACCAGCGCCGUCGACGACUUUGCUUGGGCCGUGACGAACAAGCUCCGGAUGACGGGGCUCGGGCCGGACGUCGUUCGUGGAGCGGACGCUCUGUUGAACCGGCGGGCCGAAGCCUUGGGCGAGGUGUGGGCGAGCUCGACGUGUACCUACUUUGACAGGGAGUAUAUCGCGCUGCCCAUCAUUCUGGUCGGUCUCUGCGGGAUCCUGCUGGGCUGGAUCAUUCUCAAGAACUACAACGACCCGGAGCAGCCCGUCUGGAAGGGCAGCGUGCUACCUCUGUUGUUCUUUGGGCUGCACGAUACCAUGGGACCAAAGGGGACUGCGGGCGGAACAAGCAACGGCGCCGGCGAUCAGCCCAGAGACGGAGGACGCAUCGCGAGGAAUUUGACGUUCUUCAAGGAGAAUGGACGAGCGGCGCCGGAGCUGUAUCGGAUUCAGCAGGAGUCGGGCAGGAUGCGGGUGCGAUUUCACGGCGGGACGGAUCCGGGAUUUUUGGAUCUGGGGACGGGGAGGAGUGAUCCGGAGGCCGCGAAUGCAUCAUUGGUGCCGGGACAGGGUGACUCGCGUGGCACCAAGAUGAGGUGAUACUUGCCGUAGAGAAAGUAGAAACAUGUACUUUUAUGAAUGUUGAAU